ACAGUGGGCAUCCAGGCGGAAAUUAGGUGAAAAAUCGAAGUUGCUCCUAAUUCAAAUACAAAUAGUGGAAAAUGUAGCCCUUUCAAAGGGCUAUCGAAUGGUGUAUAAAUAUCUAUUUUGAAAAUGGUUCCUACGACGAGAAAUCACGGUACACAAAACCGAUUACGGAUAUCGUUACUACAUACGAAAUAAAGAUUCUUUGCUUACUCAAUUAUGGUACGCGACUUCAAAGCAGAUAUUCAGAACCAGCACGUCUUCAGCUAUCUAUUGAUAAUAAAAUAUUUCUAUUUCGGCACCGAAUUCAGUAAGUAAGAGCGACACGUUCUCCAUCACGUCAGUCCGUAGUAACAGUACUCCAGUAUAGUCGGGUGGCCCUCGUUAGCCUCACGCGAAAAUAACAUUCAAACGCAUCAAAAUGUUACUCAAAUGCUACUCUAUGUAUUCUAAGAUCGCAAAAUCUCGCCUACUUUCCAAGGAGGUUUUAUGAAUUUCCCAAAAUCCCAAGGGGUUUUCGCGUAUUUCACAUUUCUCUCUCUCAUCAAAGCACUUUUUCGUACAAAUAAUUCCAUAUUCGGAAUCACCGUGAAAAACUGCAUCGAAUGAUGUAUAGCUUUUUAAUUUUUCUGCAGAAAUAUUUUCGAUCAAAUUGAAUUAUAAACUUGAAAGCUUGUCCACAGCAAAUUUUACUUAGAAAUUUGGAUAUUUAUUUUAGCAGUAGUACACAAGUCUAUAAACACAUUUUUUAUAGGUUUUCGAAUAUGAUCUUUCGAAUAGUGAGGUUCUCGAAAUGCAAAAAUAUUUUUUAUGGGUUUUCCAGAGAUCCGGUCUCCAGAAAAUCCACAAGGAAUUACUUUUGAGUACUGAAAAUUUCAUCAUUAGAAAGAGCAUAUUCGAAAACCUAUAGAAGAACGUGUUUAUAGGCUUUCAUACCACUCCUACAGCAUAUGUCCGCCUGGUCCAUAGAAAAAUGCCCACUGUGCCUCAGUCGAACUAAGCUUUCCCAGUCACGGAUUUAGGGUGCUGUCGAGGUAUAUAGUUUGUACGAAACCUUAAAAAGGUAUAUAGAUAGUGACAAAUGUUUAAACCUUUUCUAGGUUCGAUAUAGUACCUUUUUUUCUUACACUACGGUUACACUACGCAAAUAAUCACGAUUAUCUUUUAAUCAUGAUUAAAGAUAAUCGUGAUUAUUUGAGUGGUGUAACUGUAGUGAAAGUUUAAACUAAACUAAACUGAAAAACCCAAAUUCUUUGCUCAACAUGCUUUUUCUCACCUUGUACUGAUGACAAACAGCAUAAUAGAGAACUGAUUCAAUUAACUGAUGAGGAUUUGAACCACAGGCCUUAUCCACAGGAAUCGUGGAGAUAACGAAUAAGGCCACGCAAUCGUUUGUUAACGUAGGGGAAUGUAGGGGUGAGGGUGAGUAGGAUUAUGCAAGAUUUGAUGAAAGGAUGACAAGCUGAAGCUGAAAGGAUGACAAGCUGAAGGGAUGGAAAGCUGAAAGGAUGACAAGCUGAAGGGAUGGAAAGCUGAAAGGAUGACAAGCUGAAGGGAUGGAAAGCUGAAAGGAUGACAAGCUGAAGGGAUGGAAAGCUGACAGAAUGACAAGCUGAAGGGAUGGAAAGCUGACAGGAUGACAAGCUGAAGGGAUGAAAAGCUGAAGGGAUGAAAAGCUGAAAGGAUAUUUCAUUGAAUUUUGAUCCCUUUUCUAUAUGACAUUUUCUUCCUUCAUUCUUUCCUGGACCUCCUGCAACUGAAAUAUUCGCACUCAUCAUCUAUUAAGAACAUUUCAAAAAUUAAAGCUAUACUCGGUUUCAGUUGCUUUAUGCGUUGAUAAAUCCGAAGUCAUAUCAGAUUUAAAGCCGACGAUGUUUUAUAAAGGUUUCUAAAUAACUUUCGCAGUAAAGAUAGAUUUUUCUUCGGCUAACUGUCGCGAGGUAAAAUGUGAUAUGUGUCAAAUCCAUUGACUCUUGUGAAUCUGCACCAAGUGAUUAUGUUAUUCUGUUUCUGAAAUUGACGUUAUGUGCUGACAGAUGAAUUAGUUAUAUUUCUUUUCUUAGAUACUGUGGCAAGGCAAAUACCAUUCUGUUCUUAACAUUGAAAUACAUAAUUUUCUUUUUUCUUUCUUUAAUUAAUUCUUAAUGAUUUAAAAAUAUUGAAUAAGAACUUUUUUGUUAGCUAAAAUACUUUCUGUUUUUCCUAAUCGGCUAAAACACGUCUAUCACAUACUUCUUAUCCCCACAUAGUGUUGUUUAUCACGAUUCUAAAAGAAAGAGAAAGAUCUUUUUUCUUCUUCAAGAUACAGUGUAAAACUUUUAUGGAAUUAUUAAAUCUUUGAUAAAAUAUUUUCAGAAUUAUCUUCUCAUGUAUAUCGAAUAUUUCUUCAACUAAAUGCGACAUACAAACAAUGGUUUCGGACAACAUUGGUCUAAUGAUUUAUUUUGCCACUAUUUUUUUUCUGGGUACAACUGGAAACGUCUUGAUUUUAUUAACUUUCAUCAAGCGUUGUAGUUCAUCAACAUCGAUUACAUUCAUUAUCAUUUUAGCUUGUGUAGAUUUAUGGAUAUGCGCCGUUGUAAUUCCAUGUAUUGCGAUAAUGGAAUAUAAUGAAUUUAAUGUUAAUACAUCACUAUGUCGUUUUUAUUCAUUUUCAAAAAUAAUUAUUAUUAUAUCAUCAUUCAUUAUGUCGGCCAUUGCAUUCGAUCGUUUUUUUAUUAUUGCUUUUCCUCAUCAUCGCGUUAUGACACCACAUCUUAUCAAGAUAUUAUUAACAAUUGUCGUACUGAUUGCAUUAUGUUUAGGUAUAUUAAUUAGUCUCGCUUUUUCCACUCAAAAAUGGUCUAAUAUUAUCUUAAAUUUUGACAAAAAUACUACAAUUUAUUUUAACCUACCUUUUGAUCAAACAAAAUCUAUUAUUAAUUUAAAUUAUACUCAUAUUGAAAAUUAUUCAAGAUGUUUUUCUGACACAACUAUUAUAACGGAGAGAGUCCGUGAUACAUUAAAACGUGUAACAAAUAUAAUAUUUUUUAUUUUAGUUGUAAUCGUUUCUAUAUUAUAUACAGCAACAUACAUUCUUGCACUUCGACGUCAAGCACCACGUUUGCGAGCAUUAAAAAAAAAUAUUUAUAUUUUAGAUCGCUAUGCUAGUGUACAAAAACAAUUAAUAUCAUUCUCAUCUGAAUGUUUAUAUGAUAGACAAACAUCAGGAAAAACCAUGCCUAUGAUUAGAGAACAUGUUUCUAUAAAUGAACUUGAACUAAAUUCUAAAUCAUUUUCUGAAACAAUACCAUCGACUCAACAACAAUAUAAAAAUAAAGUUUUUAUCAAACAAAGAUCAUCAACAUUAAAAAGACAAUCAUCAUUUAUUAUUCGUUCUCAACAGUCAAGAUACUCACGUAAUAUAAGCCCGACAAAAAAUCCAAUAAGUAAUAUAUUAAAACGGCAACUACAGAAAAGUAUAGUUAAACAAAUACGUUUAGCAUCUACAUUUCUGUUAAUAACAUUGUCAUUUAUUAUAUUUUAUUUACCAUCAAUAUUAGGUGCUGAACGAGUAAUUGUACAACCAUUAUUUAUGUACUAUUUAUAUUUGUUGACACACACUGUUAAUCCAUUUAUUUAUUGUUUUACAAAUUCACAUUUAAGAAUCUAUCUAAUAACCAGAUUAAAGACAUAUUUUUAA